ACUUCCAAAUUUUCAAUUUUUUUUUCCUUCUCCUUCUUGUCCAGCCCGCUCGCUGUGUCCCUUCACUUCGACCGACGGUGACGACCCCUCUCUGGCCACCGAGCCGCCGCACCUCCGCCCACCACCAUUGACGGCCCAAUUGCUCAGUUCAGACAGAAGAGGGGGAAAACGGAAAAGGGAAACGAAAUUCAAGGUGAGAGUGUGAGACAAUUAGAAACAGAUCCCCUGUUCAAUUCUGGCCGUGGAUCUGCUCUGACAGCGAAAUGAACAGUGGAGAUGGAGGAGGCUAGUAUUAUGGAUGGUACCAAGAGAAGAUGCAGUGCUGUAUCUGGCAUUCAUUCCUGCCUCGCUUUAUCCAGGCCACACUACCGUUUCAUCUCAAAAAUCAAUAAUCAGAUUCUGAAAUCAAAUCUCUCCUCUGAUUUAAUCACUCUCGGCGGUUUCCUCCGCUCCUCCAAACAUGUCCGUCACGUCUCACUCGGAUUCGGUCGAAUGGUCCCGCCCCGGUGAUCUGCCGCCUCAUUGACCACUAUAAAACCCCCCCAAAUGAUUCUUUCAGAGUUAUGAUCAAUUGGUUCUAUAAAUCUCUCCACCACAAACAUAAACCCUAAUCCUUUUAUACACUUGUUGAGGAUUUUCUCUCGUGCAGGUAAUCACGUCAUGAUUAUUGAAACUUGUCAACACAUGAUAGAAUUUCAUGGUUUUGUAAUUGAUAAAGAAACCUUUGCAUCAAAUUUACUUAUGGAAUCUCUGUUUAAAACUUCUCAACCCAAACAUGCUUUGUAUGUUUUUGAACAAACGAAAUACCCUAAUUUCCUCACUUUCAACAUUGCACUUUACCACCUUUCCCAUAUAAAUAAAUGACAUUGUCAAUGUUUCAUAUGUUCUUAGACACAUGUUGAGCUUGCGUUAUUGUCCUAAUCAUAAUACUUUUAGUGCGGUUCUGGAUUCAUUUUGUAGAAUGAAUGCAUUUCGGCAAGUUUAUCAGAUUUUGGGUCUAAUGGUUGGUUUAGGGAUUGAACUAUCUGUCAAUGUUUGGACUGUACUCAUUAAUAAGUUCUGUAAAGUGCAUAGGCUCGACAUUGCUACUAAUUUGUUCUACAAAAUGAUUCGCACCGGUUGUUCUCCUAAUGUUUUUACAUAUACUGCUUUAAUUAAAGCAUUUAUCGAAUCUAACAUGGUGAAUGAUGCCUUACAUUUGUUGAAUAACAUGCUUUCCGAUGGUCUAGAUCCUGAUUUAGUUGUUCAUAAUGUGUUAAUUGAUUGUUUUUCGAAGGCUGGAAUGUAUGAGGAAGCAUUUCUAGCUUUUGACGGGUUGGCGAAACAAAUAAACAUAAAACCUGAUUUGUAUGUGUAUACUUCAUUGUUACGUACAAUCUGGCGAUCUGAACGGUUUGAUCUCUUACCCAAGGUAGUUCAAGAUUGCAGACACAUAGGUCCUGAUUUAGUGUUAUGCAAUGCUCUUAUUAACUCUUGUGUUAAGGCUGGUGGUCAUCCCGAUCUUGCCGUUGCAUUCUAUAAACGUAUGAUUGAUAAAGGUUUUAAGCCAGAUAAACAUAGCUUUGCUGGACUCCUAAGUGCACUUUGUGUUGCGAAAAGGAUUGAUGCAGCAGUUACUGUGUAUUGUGGCCUUGUUGAAAAGGCUGAUGCUCACAUCCAUACUGUGAUAACAAAUGGGCUUAUACAAGCUGGUCAGUAUCAUAAGGCUGCCCUUUAUUUUAGAUCAGUAGUAGACAAGGAAUAUCCGCUUGAUAGUGUAGCAUAUGCCGUUGGCAUUCGUGCUCAUCUUAGAGGUGGAAGAACUCUAGAGGCCAAUACAUUGUUUGACAAGAUGAAGGACAAUGGUUUGGAACCUAAUGUUCAGACAUUUAAUAUGAUACUUUCCAGUUUGUUUAAAGUAAAGGAUCGUCAAACAGUUAAACAAUUGCUUAAAGAGAUGAUUAAUUCAAGAAUCAAGUUGAGUGACAGAAAUUUCUUCAACUUGUGUAACAGAAAUUUCUUCAAGGAUCAAUGUUGUUUUGGAAUUUGUUGGCUGAGAUGAAAGAUUUGGGUUUAUUAUCUACCAAAGUUUUGCAUGCCUUAAGCUAUGACAGACAUUUUGAAAGUGGAAAAGCAAAUUAUAAACAUGAUAAUGAAGUUGAUAUAGAAUGCAACUUAUUUCUAGAUUCUUCUUGUUCUGAAGAUAUGUCAGAUGUAGCUGUGUCAGUUUGUUGAGAUCUUAUUGUUACUAAUACAUUUCAGCCGACGUCUAAUUGAAAGGUCUCAAGGAACAUUGAUCUAGUCUAUGGAAGAGGAAGCAUUGCUGCAUCGGUCUAAUGGUUUUGGUUUCACAAGCUGUUCAUUAUGGCGGUGGACAUAUCAUUGGGUAUGACCCUCAUGCCUCAGAGAGGGUACAAAUUGAAGGAAUGCAUCAGCCAUAAUUUUUCCAAGAUUAAUCUGGGCCGGGGUUGAAAGGUGAAGCCCAUCGGGCUGAAGAGGUAAGCCCUUAGCGUCGACUGUUUUCAAGUUCAAG